CCAACAGCUGGAAGCUCUUCAAACAAAACCGUCCCUCUCUUCAAAAAGAAUAAAAAGGCUGAAUGCAGGAGCCCUCUAUAUCCUCUGGCUGCAGAUCGGACAUGGGCCUGGAGGGGUGCAGAUCCACAGGGCCGUCCACUCGGCCAUGCAGGGCCUCCUCGCCACAGGCGUCAGCCUCAGAGUCGGUCACAGAAACGCUGUCAUCAUGUCUGUGUCCACAGCAGAUGUGAAUGAAUGUGGGACCCAGCUGGUUCUGUGUGACGUUAACGCCGACUGUGUGAACCACUUUGGCACAUAUUCCUGCCACUGCAGGCCAGGCUUUCAGGAUGAGUCCCGUCUGGGAUCAGGAGGAACUACGUGCAUGGAGGAACAGGCUGCAGGCUGCAGUUCAGACCUGUCUUCUGAGACUAUAGGGAUCUACGUUCUGUUCUUCCUGCUCGGCUUCCUCCUCCUGGCACUGCUGGCUGUGGCGGGCGCGCUCUAUCGCCGUCACCACCGGGGAGGUUUCAUAAUCCGCUGCCCCAGCAGUGUCUCCUCACCCGACCCAAACAACAAUCAUCUCCCUCCUGAUGACAACUACUCUACUCCCAAUGACAGUGACCUGCCACCUCCACCCCCACCUAUAAGAGGAGGCAAAGAGGUGCGGGCCCCAGUGAAGGAGCGCUGCCGCCCUGUGGACCUGCCUCUGCUGCGUUUCAGCUCUCUGCUGCCCCCAGAUGGCUAUAUCGAGCCUCAGGAGAGUGGAAAGAUGUAAUCAAUCAAUAAGCUAGUUUCUA